AUGCCCGGCGACACCCCCGCUUCGACGCGGACGGAGUCCGACUCCUUCGGGUCCCUGGAGGUCCCGUGCGACGCCCUCUACGGCGCCCAGACGGCGCGGAGCCUCCUCAACUUCGACAUCGGCGGCGAGCGCGCCGUCAUGCCGCGGCCGCUCAUCCGCGCCUUCGGCGUCGUCAAGAAGUGCUGCGCGACCUACCACGGCCAGUCCGGCGCCCUGGCCUGGGACGUCGCGCGGGCCAUCGCGGCCGCGGCCGACGAGGUGUCGCGCGGCGACCUCGACGGCCACUUCCCGCUCGUCGUCUACCAGACGGGGUCGGGCACGCAGACGAACAUGAACGUCAACGAGGUCGUCGCGAACCGGGCCAUCCAGCUCCUCGGCGGCGUCGUCGGGUCGAAGGACCCCGUGCACCCGAACGACCACGUGAACAUGGGCCAGAGCUCGAACGACGCGUUUCCGACGGCGAUGCACGUCGCCGCGGUGCUCGAGCUCGAGGCGCGGCUCCUGCCCGCGCUCGACGCGCUCGGCGGCGCGCUCGAGGCCAAGGCGCAUGCCUUCGCCAAGAUCAUCAAGAUCGGCCGCACGCACUGCAUGGACGCGACGCCGCUCACGCUCGGCCAGGAAUUCUGCGGCUACGCCGCGCAGGUCAACCUCGGCGCGGCGCGCGUCCGCGGCGCCCUGCCGCGGCUCCGGAAGCUCGCGCUGGGCGGCACGGCCGUCGGCACGGGCCUGAACACGACGCGGGGCUUCGACGUCGCCGUCGCGAAGCUCAUCGCCGCGGAGACGGGCUCGUCGUUCGAGACGGCCGAGAACAAGUUCGAGGCGCUCGCGGCCCACGACGCCGUCGUCGAGGCCCACGGCUCGCUGAACACGGUCGCCUGCUCCCUGAACAAGAUCGCCAACGACCUGCGGCUCCUGGGCUCCGGGCCCCGCUGCGGCUUCGGCGAGCUCUCGCUGCCCGCGAACGAGCCCGGGUCGUCGAUCAUGCCCGGCAAGGUGAACCCGACGCAGUGCGAGGCCGUGAGCAUGGUCGCGGCGCGCGUCUUCGGCAACCAGACGACCGUGACCUUCGGCGGCGCCACGGGCCACUUCGAAUUGAACGUCUUCAAGCCCGUCAUGAUCGCCGCGUUCCUCGAGUCGGCGCGGCUCCUCGCGGACGCGUGCGACUCCUUCCGGAAGAACUGCGUCGUCGGCGUCGUGGCCAACGAGACGCGCAUCGCGGCGCUCAUGUCGUCGAGCCUCAUGCUCGUCACGGCGCUGAACCCGCACAUCGGCUACGACAACGCGGCCAGGGUCGCGAAGAAGGCGCACGCGGACGGCACGUCGCUCGUCGAAGCCGGGGAGGCCCUCGGCCUCUUCACGGCGGCCCAGUUCGGCGCCUGGGUCCAGCCCGCGGCCAUGAUCGCCCCGCGCGCGAAAUGA